AUGCUCUCCCCCAUACCAAAUCUUGCUUCUACUUCUUUGGAGGAAGCCAAUGGUCUUCUUAAAUGGAAAGCAAGCCUUGAAAUCCCAAACAACUCCUUGCUCUCUUCAUGGCUUCCCCUCCCUUUAAAUUCCAAUGCAUCAAUUCCAUGCACUUCAUGGUUUGGAGUAGUUUGCAAUGCUAAUUGGAGGAUUCAGAGGUUGAGCCUCAGUUCAUCUGGCUUAAAAGGUACACUCCACCAGUUUUCAUUCUCUUUACUACACAAUCUUACACAUCUUGAUCUCAGUGUAAACAACUUCACCGGACCCAUCCCAUUAGAAAUCCAACUCCUCUCCAAACUUGUUUAUCUUAAUAUUUCAUUGAAUAACUUUUGUGGAGUAAUCCCACGUGAAAUAGCAAAUAUUCGCCAGCUAACCGACUUGGACCUUUCAAAAAACAAUCUAACUGGUUCCAUUCCACAAGAAAUAGGAACCAUGGUGUCACUUAAGGGCAUAAGCCUCGCUUUAAACCAUCUAUCUGGUUUAAUUCCUUCAUCAUUGGGUGAUCUAACAUCGUUGAAUAUCCUUUAUUUGUUUUAUAAUAAACUCUCUGGUCACAUUCCCAAUGAACUUGGGAAUUUGAAGUCUCUCACUGAUCUUGAGUUGAGCCUAAAUCAACUUAGUGGUUCUAUUCCUUCAUCACUAGCAAACCUCAUCAACCUACAACGUUUGUUCCUCGGUGCUAAUACUUUUUCAGGUUCAAUUCCACAAGGACUCGGAAGGUUAGAUUUGAUUAAGCUAGAAUUGGAUGACAAUCAGUUGUCUGGCAAUUUACCUGAUGAUCUGUGCCAUGGGGGGAUGCUUCAAAAAUUGACAGUAUCAGGUAAUCAACUCACUGGUCCUAUUCCAAGAGGUUUAUUGAAUUGUCCUAGCUUAAUAAGAGUUCGUUUUGAUCAUAAUCAAUUAAGUGGAAAUAUAUCGAAUAGCUUUGGGUUCUAUCCAAGCUUAGCUUACCUUGAUAUCAGUCACAAUCAUUUUCAUGGGGAGCUUUCUCAAAACUGGAGUAAAUGCAAGAAUUUAACAGUCUUAAAUAUGGGAUACAACAACAUCAGUGGUUACAUACCUCGAGAGUUUGGAAGUUCAACUCAGCUACAAAAGCUUAAUCUUUCUUCAAAUCAUUUUAUUGGUAUUAUACCUCCGGAGCUUGGAUCACUGCAUGAUCUCCUUGCUAUCGAUCUGUCCUCAAAUAGAUUAAAUGGCUCGAUACCAAGAAGUGUUGGUAAUUGGACACACAUCUACAACUUAAAUCUUAGAAACAACAAGCUCAUUCAUAAAAUUCCAUCUGAGAUUGGUAAAUUAGUUCAGCUUACAGAACUUGAUUUAUCUCAGAAUUUGCUCAAGGAAGAGAUACCUUCUGAAGUACAAAGUUUGCAAAGUUUGCAAAAAUUGAAUCUAUCACACAAUAGACUGUCUGGUUCUAUUCCUGAUUCUAUUAAAAGUUUGCCUCGUGGGACUGAUAUCGACUUGUCUUACAAUGAGCUCACAGGACUAAAAUUUUGUGCAAGUCAAAUCUCGAAGAAGAAAAAUGAUCCUUUUCAUCAUCAACUCAUCCUUGUAAUUAUGCUCCCUCUUAUCGGGGCAAUUUUACUUGGUUUUUUCAUGUGUGGCCUCAUUGCUUAUCGAAAACGAAAGAGACAUUCUCCACAGAAACCAUUGGACAAAGAAGGUGGUGAUUAUUUCUCCAUAACAAGCUUUGAUGGAGGAGUAGCGUAUGAUGACAUCUUGAAAGCAACAAAUGAUUUUGAUGAAGCAUACUCUAUUGGAACCGGAGGAUAUGGGACUGUGUACAAAGCCGAGCUACAACCUAACAAUGUGCUAGCCGUCAAAAAACUUCACUCAUCAUCUGAGAAUGUUGAUCAUAAUGGAUUCCUUAACGAGAUACGAGCAUUAACGAACAUAAGGCAUCGAAACAUAGUAAAACUCUAUGGAUAUUGCUCACAUGUUCGCCAUUCAUUUUUGAUUUAUGAAUACCUUGAAAAUGGAAGCCUUGGAUCAAUCUUAAGAAGUGAUGUCUUAGCAAAAGAAUUGGAUUGGUUGAAAAGGCUAGACUCAUCAAACUGGACCACAAUUGCAGGCACCUAUGGUUAUAUCGCGCCAGAGCUUGCUUAUACGAUGGUGGCAACCGAGAAAUGUGAUGUGUUUAGCUUUGGCAUUGUUGCACUAGAAGUGAUCAUGGGAAAGCAUCCCGGUGAACUACCAACAUUGUCUGCUGAUUAUCUGGUUUUGGAAAAUGUGGGAGAUAGUCGGAUUCCACUUCCCUUGCCACAAGCUGAGAAACAAGUUAAGUUGGUGUUGAGUCUCUUAAGAGCAUGUUUGAACUCCAAUCCAAACGGAAGACCAACUAUGCGCCAAGUUUCAAAUCUAUUGAUGAAGGAUCUGCUUUAAAUUGAUAUUUGUUGUCUGAUCGAUAUAGUGUACUUUCAAUGUUCUUUACUUUUAUCAAGUUCCCUAUAUGCAUCAUGUCAAUAUAUAUAUAUGUAUUCAUUUGAAUGCCUUUUUGUUAAGAAACUUUAGGUAUGUUUGUAAUAGGUAAACAGAUAAGUCAAUGAGAUUGCUAUACU